AUGCAUCAUGGCCGGCGGCCUCUUCUCGAGGCCAAGCCGAUGAUGGCUGUCGUCGCGAGCGCGCUGUAUCGUCCCAUCCUGCUUGACUGUCCGAAGAGGAAGCAUCGGGCUAAUAUCACGAUAUUAAUCUCGUUCUUCGUCCCUGCCGAACCUGUGGCGUCGCUCCCUGGUGCGCCGCUCGUAGCGGAGAUUGUGCCGUUCACCGUGUUUGCGAGUACAGGGAAUGGAUCGUUAACGGACGAGACUCUGGCGCAGACGGUGGGAGAGUGGGAUGCGAGUGAUGAUGUCUUUGACAGUAACUUCUUGCAAGCUGUUCUGAUCCAGGGUUCAAGUUCCGGAUCUGCACAUGUGUCUUCGUCUGCGUUCUCGUUCUUCAGCGAGCAAGGAACGCAAGUAGUCUUGACUUCCGGCAAAGUUACGACGGACCGCAGCUCUCCUAUCUCUACGAAACACAUCGGAACAACUUCCCUCGCACCGGGCCCGUACAUCUUGGCAAGAGAUGCUACAGGGAGUCCCGCGGUGUAUACACCUCUUCGUCUGCAUUUCGACGUCACGCAGAGCUUCUUCAAGUCUGUCACUGCAAAAUCCGAUGGCUCGUUUGCCGUCGUCUCUGCCUCCCUUGAUACCGACUCAUCGCCUUAUAUCGGAGUUCCUUCCAAGGUCUAUGCCGCAUCGAAGAACAAGACCGAGUUACCAUUGGCAGGCGUUCGUGUUAGCGUGAAAGAUAUUUACUACUUGAAGGGCCUGAAAACGAGCGCAGGAAACCGCCACUUCUACUCGCUUUAUCCUCCGAGGAACGCGACUGGACCGGCCGUAUCGAAACUCAUGGACCUUGGAGCACAUAUCGUCGGUACGACGAAGACGGUCCAGUUCGCGAAUGGGGAUCGCGCUACUGUUGACUGGGUCGAUUACCAUGCUCCGUUCGUCCUUCGCGGUGAUGGAAACAGGGAGCCUUCAGGAUCGUCGACUGGUGCUGGUGCGGGAGUUUCUGCGCUUGACUUCGUCGAUGUUGGUAUUGGGUCUGACACGGGAGGGAGUAUCCGUGGCCCGUCGGGUGUUAAUGGACUUUACGGUAUUCGACCGAGUGUCGGGGCGAUCAGCUUGGAUGAAGUCGUCCCUCUCAAUGACGUGCUUGAUACAGGAGGCUUCAUCGCUCGCGACCCAAACCUCUUCGCUACCUUCGGAAAAUCAUGGUACAGCGGCUCGUUCGACUCCUACUCCUCCUUCCCCACGAAAAUGUUCGUCUCGUCCGAGUUCGAAUCCGUCUCCGACGCCGCUUUUGCCCUCUAUUCCGAUUUCUUCGAUAAGGUGAAGGGGUACUUGGGUGCGGAAGUGACGUCGAAUUUCAGUAUUCCGGGAUAUUGGAACGAGACAUCGGAUGUUGGGGUGCCGUUGACUACGUUGCUCAAUACGACGUAUGCCACGAUGGUAGCUUACCAUCAGUGGACCGUCGUCGGCCAACCGUUCUUCUCCGACUUUGCAGCUGCGAACGAGGGGAGGAACCCGCAUAUUAAUCCCGCUGUACUUGCUCGAUGGCAGUACGGUGAAUCCCAGGGAGCAGACGGGUAUGCUGCUGCCCUGAUCGAGCGGGAGACGUUCGAGAAUUGGACGUCUAGUCAGCUUUUCAAGGAAGACGCGGAGUCUUGCUCCGAUAGCCUCUUUUUCUACCCCCAAAAUGCGGGUGACUAUACAAGCCGAGAGGUCUACUACCCAUCAAUUGCUGCUCCGCCUUUCGGAUACUCGAGCGGAAGGCUGGCUGUGCAUGGUCGGUCGCCUGAUAUGGUUGUUCCUAUCGGCCAAGUCCCCUACCACUCCAAUAUCACAGGCAUCACCGAACAACUCCCAGUGACGGUCAGCAUCGUCACGCGGAGAGGUUGCGAUUUUGUGUUGUUCGAUCUGUUGGAGGGCCUCGCGGCGAAGGGGAUCGUGCAGACUGUGAAGACGGGGAGGACGGCGUUUUAGAGUCGAUAGAUGCGUAGAUUGGGAUGAGGGGAAGGGAGGCAGACUCGACUCGGAGGGGAUAUGAUAUACUUAAUGAUGUGAC